UUUGGUAUUCCUUUCAUUGCCCCUCAUAAUUAUUAGUAACAUUGCAAUUUUGAACUUAGAACAUGUUAAGACCCGUUUCCUUAUUUAUAUACUCAAACGAAUCAAAUUUAGGAUAAGAACAACCUGAAAGUGAAAAUUCCAAAUCUAUCUUCAGGUAUUCAAUAAUAGUCCUAUCAUUUUUCCUUGUAUUGUGGACAUUUAAAACCAAUUUAUUCAAUUUUCCAAACAAAAAAAAAAACUUAUUUAUUUUUCCUUAAAUUAGUCAAAUUUUGUGGUAGCUGUUCCAUGUGAGACAGAGAGAGAAACGUUGUCCUAGUGAACUGUUUAAGAUUGUUGUAUCACACAUGUUUCAUCAAACUAUAGAGAGUUUUUUGACUUUGUGCAAAGUGAUGAUAUAACUUUAAUCUUUUUGUGAUCUUAUGAAUUGGAACACUUCAGAAGCAUUAUUAUUGGUUAUUGCAAAGUAAAGCUUUGAAGAUUUUGAGUUCAAGUUCAAAAGCUGCAAUUUUCAAUGACUAUUUUUGAGAAAUCAUCAAGUGAAGUUCCUGAGAAGAUGGAUAAAGAAGAAAAUUUAAACAAUGGUGAGGAUGUUCCUGACAUCGAAAACGAUGGUAGCUUGAAUGGCAAUGAUGAGGAAAUUGGAAGGUAUUGGGCGCAGUAUUCUGAAAGGAACAUGACAUAUGAAGAACCACUUCUUGUGAAGAGGAUUAACACUACCUCUCAGAUUGCUAUAGUUGGAUCCAACCUUUGCCCUAUCGAAAGCCUUGACUAUGAGAUUUUUGAUAAUGAAAUGUUUAACCAGGACUGGAGGUCCAGGAAGAAGGUUCAGAUAUUCCAAUAUGUGGUACUUAAAUGGGUAUUUGCUCUUCUUAUUGGAGUAGGAACUGGACUUGUUGGUCUUUUCAAUAAUAUUUCUGUUGAGAACAUAGCCGGUUUCAAGCUGCUUCUCACAACCAGUCUCAUGUCUAAACAAAGAUUUCUUGAGGCUUUUCUAGCAUAUGCUGGUCUGAAUAUGGUUUUAGGAGCAGCGGCUGCAGCACUCUGUGCUUUCAUUGCGCCAUCAGCAGCCGGCUCUGGCAUUCCGGAGGUUAAAGCGUAUCUCAAUGGCAUUGAUGCUCACUCUAUUCUGGCUCCAAACACCCUUUUUGUCAAGAUUGUUGGUUCGAUCCUUGGAGUGUCAGCUGGAUUUGUAGUGGGAAAAGAAGGACCUAUGGUUCAUACAGGAGCAUGCAUAGCUUCAUUUUUGGGACAGGGCGGAUCUCGAAAGUAUGGUUUGACUUUCAGUUGGCUUAGGCAUUUCAAAAAUGAUAGAGACCGGCGAGACAUGAUUACUUGUGGGGCAGCUGCUGGUGUUGCUGCCGCCUUUCGAUCUCCAGUAGGCGGUGUCCUCUUUGCCCUUGAAGAGGCAGCUUCUUGGUGGAGGAGUGCUCUUCUUUGGAGAACAUUUUUUACUACAGCAGUAGUUGCUAUUGUUUUAAGAGCUGGAAUUCAGUUUUGUUCAACGGGAAAAUGUGGACUAUUUGGUGAAGGCGGUCUUAUAUUGUAUGAUGUUGGUUCAGCCCAAGUAUCAUAUAGUGCUGGUGACAUAUUGGCGGUAAUAGUCUUGGGAACUAUUGCCGGUAUUCUUGGAAGCAUAUAUAAUUUCCUUGUCGAUAAGGUCGUUCGUACGUAUAGCAUCAUCAAUGAAAAAGGUCCAUUUUUCAAAAUCUCUCUUGCUGUUGCAAUUUCUCUUUUGACAUCAUGCUGCUAUUAUUUCUUACCAUGGAUUGCAACCUGUAUCCCUUGUCCUUCCGAUUCGACGGUGACUUGUCCCUCUAUUGACGAGUCUGGAGAAUACAAAAGCUUUCAAUGUCCACCAGGCUACUACAACGAUCUCGCUUCCCUCUUUCUAAACACCAAUGACGAUGCUAUUCGUAAUCUAUUCAGUCCGAAGAUAAACAAAGAGUUUCAUAUGUCAAGUUUAUUUAUCUUCUUUGCUGCCGUUUACUUUCUUGGAAUACUCACUUAUGGUAUUGCUGUUCCAUCUGGACUUUUCAUUCCUGUGAUACUUGCCGGAGCUGCUUACGGUCGUGUUCUCAGUAGACUCUUUGAACCAAUCACCCAACUCGAUCGAGGACUCUUUUCUCUCCUAGGAGCUGCCUCUUUCCUCGGUGGAACCAUGAGAAUGACAGUCUCAAUCUGUGUUAUAUUACUUGAACUCACUAAUGAUCUAUAUUUACUUCCACUUGUGAUGUUGGUCUUAUUAAUCUCGAAAUCUGUGGCUGAUAUUUUCAACAAAGGUGUCUAUGAUCAAAUAUUGAAAAUCAAAGGACUUCCUUAUUUGGAAGCACAUGCCGAACCUUACAUGAGAAACAUAGCUACGCGUGAUGUUGUCUCAGGUCCAUUAAUGGCCUUUUCUGGCAUCGAAAAGGUCGGGAAUAUCUUACAUGUUUUGAAUACUACAGGGCACAACGGAUUUCCGGUCAUUGAUGAACCGCCUUUCGUGGAUGCACCAGAGUUGUGUGGACUCGUACUGAGGUCUUAUUUACUAGUUUUACUAAAGGCGAAAAAUUUUACAAGUGAGAGGGUUUAUGCGGAUCAGAGUAUCUUAGAAAAUAUUUCUGUGUUGGAUUUUGGAAAGGCAGGAUCCGGAAAGGGAGUUAAACUAGAGGACUUAGAUAUCCAAGAUGAAGAUUUGGAUAUGUAUGUUGAUCUACAUCCGAUAACUAAUACAUCUCCGCACACUGUGGUUGAGACAAUGUCACUUGCUAAAGCUGCUAUUAUUUUCCGCCAACAUGGACUCAGGCACAUGUGUGUUGUUCCGAAGAGCCAAGGGAGACCUCCAAUUGUCGGGAUUCUGACGCGCCACGAUUUCAUGCCUGAACAUGUUUUGGGACUUUACCCUGAUAUCAAGCAUCACAAAUGGCACUGAGAAAGGAAUCUCAAUGACAAAGUAAUUCUUUCUUCUUGAUUGGAGUGCUGCAUUCUAUACAGUGAGUUCAAUAGUUCUUCAUAGAACCCUUGAAGCAAAAUUUCUGCUAAAAGAUGCAGCUGCUGCAUAUUUUUUAUGGGGAGGGGUGUAUUUAGCAACCUUGUAAUAUUUUGUUCAUAUCUUAUUUUCAUAAAGUCAACACCAAUCAUGCUGCAGUACACUGGUAAUAAAAAUUUCUUGUUUUUUAAGCCAAUGGAUUUGGUUUACUGGUGAGCGGUUUGGAUAGAAUGCAUGAGAUCAUAGGUUUAAACCUCAUUGGCUCCAAUGUAAAAAAAAUAAAAUCUUGUUCA